UCGCAUCCUCAGUCCGUCCUUUUCAGCCAAUUCAUUGGCCUCCCCAGCUGAGCGUCAAGCGCAGGGGGCUGGCCCUGACGCGGGGUUUAUCGCCAGGAAUGUGUAGUAGCGCUCAAACAAAUCCACCACACCGCUCAUGAGACUGCUGCGUCCCUCCUGGCAUCGUCCUUUACACCGGGACGCCUUCAGUCUGGAUUAUCAUCCAUAUUUUUGUUGCCACAAAGAGGCUUCUUUUUUAUCAUGCUAUUUUUUUAAAACUUGAGCAGAUCACAAGAUCGUCUUUGUUUGAAUUGAUAGUGGAUGGACAUUGUUUCAUUUCAACGCACGACUUCUAUGGCAAACUUAAAGACGAUGAGCAAAAACGGAAUGGUGACAGAAAUCCACACCAGGAUAAGAAAAGACCCGUUCACAGCCAGUUAUGAGCUGGUGGGAAAAGAGCUGGGCAGGGGAAAGUUUGCAGUGGUGAAGAAGUGCAUGGAGAAGGCAACAGGCAAGCAGUAUGCUGCCAAGUUCCUGAGAAAGCGGCGGAAGGGAGAGGACUGCCGCAUGGACAUCAUGAACGAGAUCGCUGUGCUGGAGUCUGCCAAGGCCAACCCAUAUGUGGUGGCUCUGCAUGAGGUCUAUGAAACCAGCUCUGAAAUCGUCCUCGUUCUAGAGUGUGCUGCCGGUGGGGAAAUCUUCAACCAGUGCGUGGCCGACAAUGACGAUGCCUUCACGGAGAAAGAUGUGAUCCGACUGGCCAAGCAGAUCCUGACAGGAGUGGCCUUCCUCCACCGUAACAAUGUGGUCCAUUUGGAUCUGAAACCCCAGAACAUCCUGCUUACCAGCGCCAGGCCUCUUGGGGACAUUCGAAUUGUAGACUUCGGCCUGUCCAGACACAUGGACAACAUCACAGAGGUCAGGGAGAUCCUCGGUACUCCAGAGUAUGUCGCUCCAGAGAUCCUGAACUAUGAACCCAUUAGCACUGCUACAGACAUGUGGAGCAUUGGGGUCCUGACGUACGUCAUGCUGACUGGUGAAUCUCCAUUUCUGGGAGACGACAAGCAGGAGACGUUCCUCAACAUCUCCCAGGUCAACGUAGACUACUCGGAGGACACGUUUGAGGGGAUUUCCUCCGUGGCCGUUGACUUCAUCAAGUCCUUGUUGCUAAAAAAUCCCAGGAAGAGAGCCACCGCAGAAGAAUGCCUCAAUCACCCCUGGCUGAACUCCCAUCCCCACUCGCACCCGCACCUCCAUACGACGUCGGCCUCCUCUCUGGACGAGCCGGAGACGAGCCAGUCGGAGUCGGAGCCCGAGAGUCCUGCUCCGUCGCCCGAGCUGGACCUGAUCGGGUCCUACCUCAUGUGCCCGGGCCAGGGGGGGCUGAAGGCCGGCCGCGGCGCCUUCUCUUUCACCGAGCCCCCGUUCCGCUCACGGCCCGAAAUACAGCAGGAGCUGAUCUGCUGACCGAUGUUUCCCCAAGCGGUGAGAGACCCGGUGAGCUCGAACUCCACAGCCGUGGAUACUGGAUGCCGGUCAGCCUGCCUCUUUCUUGGUCCUGUUCAGAACCAGGACUGUGCUCUGUGGCUGCUGUGUGCUUUGGCUGCCUCUGCUGCUGUGAUGCCUCUGUGAUCGAGUGCUGGUGCGGCUGUGUGUUAGCAUCAUAAAUGCUUCCCUGCGAUGAUUGGAAAUCCUCGCGCAGGAGAAAAAUGGGAGAGACGAUGCGAAAGGAGUGGACAAACAAGCACACAAGAGCAGUUUUCUGCCUUAAAAGUGACAGAACUGAAGCGGACUCAGCUUUACACUGUGGCACGUUCACCUCUGCAUUGGCUUCUUUUUACCCAGUUUGCCAUUUGGACUUUCACCAAGGAGAGGUAGCCUCUUCCUUUCUUGAGGAACUAUGUCGUUCAUCAAAUGAGUUGCACUUCAGCUGACUUUACACUCACUUUCUGCGAUGAGUUUUAUUCAAGAAGGUGGAGGAUCUUGAAAGAUGUUUCUAUUUAACAAAGAAAUCUUUUCCGUAGGAAGCACCUAUGCCGAAGCCAGAUGUUCAUUUUUCAUUUUAUAUGUUUAUUUAUGUCUGUUAUGUCACCUCAAACCCUUAAACAUUCGAGAGACAUAAAUGCCUGAGUUUAAAAUGUGGUAGCAUUGUUUUUUUUGUUUUUUUUAAGGACAAUCUUGAGCACUUUUUAUUUUGUUGUUAGACUUUGGUGUCAUAAUGAGAAUCUAGACGCUCAUCUACCGUCACUGGUUGUGGCAGGAUGGGAUUCGCAUAUGAAACGUUAUCCACCACCCUAUGUUUUUGUCACAUGAAUUUUGUAUCGUAACGUGCCACUUUGUCAUCCUCACCUCUGUGUUCAGAUUAAAUUUGUUCUCUUUCGCACGAGUUGCACAAGAUGUUUUGUACUUAACUGUACUUUCAUGCUCCUGGUGGAAGCGAGAGGGUCGGAAACAGCAGCUCGGUCUCAUUUGCCUUUCUUAGAAACGACAGAUCACCACUGUGGACUGACGGCAUAGAUUUGGAUAAAUUUGCAACUUUUGUCGUUAGAUUUUGAGGAAAGGAUUAAUCAAAGAAGAAUUUCACAAAACAAAGUGUAUCAUACGAGUUUGUAUCAAGAUUUGUAUGUAAAAGUUGAUUUUGUUAUUGGCUGGUGUUGUUUUGUUGUACCGGAAUAUGAAUGUUAACACCAUUACUUUGUGUCUUAUUUGGCAUGUUAACUUUUACUCAUUGCUGUUGUAUUCUUGCUCUUGAAUUUCAGGAAGGUUUGCACUUGUCCUUGCGGACAUCAUGUUAAAAAUAAAUAAAUGUUGAUGGCAUGCAUUGCAAAAUGUAACAAAAAAUAUAUGGGCUUUUUGUAUCAAACUCUGGUGUCUUUGUGUUUUCACUUUCCUUCUUUAUUAUUAGUUUUCACAGCACUGUAAGCUAUGAAAUUCAAUAUCUCCCACAAUGAUUCAUAUCCAAAUAACUCAACAGGACAAUAUUAGAAUUGUAAUGUUUUAUAGCUGUACAAGUCAACCUCAUUUAGACUUUUAUUUUUUAUUUUUUCUUUGGUGGGAUUUUACCUGUCAGUUGAGAUAUAUAAUUCCAAGAAAAUGAGUGGUAGCUUCUUGCUCUUCUCAGUUGUUUCUAAGUUGGAUGAAUACCAGGAAAACUCUGCAUUUGGCCAACAGGUGCUUGAUUCCCCUCAUUUGAGGGUAAUUGCAAGGAAAAUACAAAUGAUUUUCACUGCUAGGGGGG